UUAAAUUCUUAUUUUUCUGAGAAUUCAUAUGAAAGUGCGUUGGUUAUAUAAAUCCUAGUGUUGCAGACAAUUGCGAAGCAUUGUGAAGGUUUCUAUGGGAUGCAAUAAGCAGUUUCAACUGAACAGCAGAUCUGUCCAUCAAAAGCUGGGGUGUAGAGCGGCGAGGAGUCACCUUGCAGAGUCGACGUUUAUACAACCAGUUAUGCGACCGUACCAUCUGGACUACUUCAAUGGAAGUUCACGACUUGCCCUGGCGAACGCUGGACCAUUUUACGGCGCAUCGAUAAGGGGAUAAAUACCCGAGCAGAUGGCAGAAGCAGUUGGUCAUAGUCGAGACACAGUCGAACCAAUGAAGAGCAAACACGGAAUUACACUUGAAAUAAUAGCCGAGUCGACAUGGCUAUAAAAUUUGUUAUAAAUGAUUUGCAAGUGUUAUAAAUUAGACUUUGAACAAUAAAA